AUGGUUCGGAAACUUACCUUCAAAGAACAGAUGGAUGGAUUUCCAUGGAUACAACUGAUGGUUGUAUCGAUGGUUCGUUUUAGUGAGCCAAUUGCCUUUACAUCCUUAUUUCCGUACGUCUACUUUAUGGUAAAAGACUUUCACAUAGCUCCAAAUGAUGCGCAAGUAUCCAAGUACUCGGGUUAUCUAUCGUCUACUUUUGCGCUAUGCCAGGUGGUUUCCUCAUUCCAUUGGGGUAAGUUUUCUGAUCGGCACGGAAGGAAGCCUGCACUUUACAUCGGCCUGUUAGGAACUUGUGUUUCGCUCAUGAUCUUAGGUUUCUCGACCAAAUUCUACCAGGCUUUGAUAGCUAGAAGUAUGAUGGGAUUACUGAAUGGGAAUGUGGGUGUAGUGAGAACAAUGAUAGGCGAAAUUGCAACUGAGAGGAAACACCAAGCGCUGGCGUUUAGUACCAUGCCUCUCCUGUUCCAAUUUGGCAGCGUCAUAGGACCGAUGAUAGGAGGUUACCUAUCUUUUCCUCGAGAAAAUCGAGACGAGAAUGGCCAUACGAUUAUGCCUCGCUGGUUUCCACUUGUCCUAAAAAAACUGGUCGAAAAGUUUCCAUACUCAUUACCCAAUAUUGUUGUCUGUACCCUUCUUCUUAUCGGUUUAAUAAACGCUGUUCUUUUUUUAGAAGAAACUCAUCCGGUUCACAAAUAUAGAAGAGAUUAUGGUGUCGAGGUAGGAGAUUUUAUUAAGAGACAUUUAUUUGGGAUCGAGCCCAAACAGAGGUAUUGGAACAUUCACUUAGCAGGCAAUGCUGCUCCCAGUCGAGAAGACUCUUAUCCCUCUAGUGUACAAGAAACACAUGAUGUUCAUUCAUAUGACACUGGAAGUGACUCAGAGGAAAGUGUUCAAUCUGUUGGUAGAGUUCUAACACGUCGGCAAUCAAUUACCUUAAUUCGUACAUAUUCGCUGCAUGAGCCUACUGACGAAGGAAAUACACAAAGAAGAGCAGAAGACAAUUGCAUAGAAGGAAGCUUUAUUCACCAAGUUUUUCAUACAAAUGUAUUCUAUCCAAUAUCUGUCAACUUUAUCAUGUCCCUCCAUCUUAUUGUGUACAAUGAGUUUCUUCCGGUUUUCUUAGCGUAUGAUUUAGCUGGGCAUAAGGAUUCCACUGGUCAGACGAUAUUGGACUCGAAAUUUCCAUGGAAGAUCAGCGGUGGGAUUGGAUAUCAACCAGAGCAGACAGGUACGUUACUCUCCACUACAGGGAUGUUCGGGUGCUUCGUUGUUGUCUUUAUCUUUCCAAUUAUUGAUCGUAACUUUGACUGCUUAACCAUAUUCCGUAUGUUUGUUAAGUUAUAUCCUAUCAUGUAUCUUAUGGUCCCAUAUGUUGUCUUUCUACAACAAGACUCGAUUCCAAAGUGGGUGACUGUAAUAUAUUUAUAUUUCAUAACCGGCUCAAAAACUCUGGUCGGUGCUUUAACCUCUCCACAGAUCAUGCUCCUCAUUCAUAAUUCUAGUCCACUCAAAUAUAGGGCAAUGAUCAAUGGUGCUACGAUAAGUGUCAGUGCAUCGGCAAGAUUCACUGGGCCACUUAUUUGGGGUAUCAUCAUGUCAUGGUCGCAACAGCACAGCGUUGCGUGGUUGAGUUGGUGGUCACUAGGGUUUAUCAGCUUGAUAGCACUUUAUCAAAGUUACAAGAUAGAGCCAAUUGACAAAGAGGAUGAUGAGCGUGCUCCGCUCACGCGAGGAACAAGUUUAAAUUACAUGGAGACACAAAGAACUGCAAAUGAGAAUUAA